AUGAGUGAGAUCCUAAGCAAAGCUGCCAAAACCUCCACUAUUGGUGCUCCAAGUCAUAGACAUAAGGCAAAUGGUCUCACAGUGUGGAAUGAGAACAUUGCAUCCUCUAUACGAAACUCACGUAGAUGCCACUGGGAAUGGAAACUCAACGGUCGGCCAAGUGAUCCAGCCAAACCCUUGCUUAUAGCCAGGAAGUUUGCGAAGCAUGAGCUGAAGAAACAUAUUAGGAUCGCGUCUGCCCAGAAACUCAUGCAUGACCGAGAUGAGAUCAUGGAAGCUAGAUUAAAUGAUUCAGGGCGUUUGUACAAGCUUAUAGACAAGCAUCGAGGGAAACUGAGAGGGUGCAUAUCUGAGCUUAAGGUGGGUGAACAUACUUACAACGGGCAGGAAGUACUAUUAGGUUUGAAUCAACAUUUUGGCUCGCUAGGACGACCUACCGACAUUCCUCUCUUUGAUGAAAAAUAUGCAGAGCUAGUCGAAACAGAUGUGGAUACCAUCUCCGAUAUCUGUCGUAGUAAUACAGCAGACGUUACAUUUUCCAGAGAGGCAGUUGCAAAGGCCAUUCUUUCCCUAAAUAAGAACAAGACAGAAUAUAUUUAUGAUUUGGCAACAGAGCACCUACAAUACGCUGGUAAACGGGUACUGAAUGUAGUGACUUGGAUCGUCAACUCCAUCAUGAAGGCUGGAUUCGUCCCUCCUGCGAUGAAGAAAGGUACUAUAGUUCCCGUUUUCAAGAACAAGGGGAGUAAAUUUGAGGCGAAAAACUACCGUGGGAUCACUGUGACGCCAGUGGUAACCAAAGUCCCUGAGGCCUUAUUACUGCCCUCCAUAAGACCGCUCGUAGCAGAGAUCCAAAAUCAUCUCCAGAGAGGCUUCACAAAUUAA